GCCGGGGCGGAGGCCAGGUAGCACCGCCUCCCCGAGCCACACGGCGAUGCGGCUGCCCGGGGGGACACCGCCAGCCCGGUUCUUCUUGGCCCUUUGCAUCUGGAGGCUGGUGCCGCGCCGGGAUGCCGCAGGAACAGAGGAAGUGGUCUUUGGGAAGGUCGGAGGAAGCAUCCUGCUUUUGUGCCGUAACGUCUCCAAAGAAGCAACCGAGGUGGUCUGGUUUCAAGGGGAUCCACAUUCUUUCCCCCCACUCUUCUCCUCAAGGGUCACCUUUCCCCCAGACGUCCGUUUCUCCCUGGUUGACAACAGCUCCCUGCGCAUCACGGAGCUGCGUUCGCAGGACGAAGGCAACUACACUUGCAAGGAGGUGCUGAACAAGACUGACCACGAGCACAGGGUCCAGCUUGUAGUAGCCAAUCCACCACAGUCAGCCCCGAAGUGCUGGGCUGAGACCUCUUCGCCAGGGCUGAUGCUGCAGCUGUUUUGCAGCUGGCCUGGGGGUUACCCCCACCCCACCCUGCACUGGAGAGAAGAGGGGAACGAUCUGGAGAACUCAAGCUGGGUGAUCAGCUCCUCCAGCUCCUCAGACACCCACGUGGAAACACUGAACAGCUCCCACCUCUCCCACCGCAAAGUGUUCAAGUGCGUGGGGAGCCACGUUGUCACCCAGGAGGAGCCUUCCUGCACUGUGGAGAUAAAAGUCCCUUCCCUGGAGUCAGGGCCCCCGAAGACCUGCUUGGUGGGCGACAACGUGACCCUGACCUGCCGAGUGACAGAGGGCACCCCGGCGGCGCGGCUCACCUGGCUGCGGGGCAUCACCCAGCCAGAGGAGGAGCUGCAGGCUGGAGGGAGGUACCUCAUCAGCCAGGAGGGCAACGUGUCCCAGCUCACCAUCCAGAACUGCUCCCAGGGCACCGACGGCGGCUGCUACGUCUGCAAGGCCCAGAACCCGGCGGGGCUGAGGGAGCUCUUCAUCUGCCUGACUGUCAAGCAGCCAGUGAACAUUGUUGGAGUCGUGGGUGCAGUGGUUGUGCUGUCCCUGAUGAUUAUUCUCACUGCCACUGGGCUUGUCUUGUACUACCAUCCCCUCCUGUGCCUGACAGGUGCUGCCUUCAGGAAUCAAGACAUGGGUGAUGUCUUAGUGCUGGUGGACUCAGAAGAUGAGGAUGAGGAGAAGGGAGAAGAGGAGGCCACGAGCAGCUCCAUCAAGCACAAAGUGAUGGCACUGGUCAAUGGAAACAGCAUCCAGGGUGCUUACCUCAGCUGCCUCACAGAAGGUGACGAUGGUGAGCAGCACAGCAGGGGCUCCCUGCAGGAAGCAAGGGAAGAGGAGACACAAGGCUCAUAGAUUCCAUCCCUUGUGGCACACACAGAGCUCUGGAUGGACUCCCAGCAUCGAGCACGUCCUUGUUGCCAUGUGGCUGAACACAGGCCAUUAGUGUCCUGCAGCAGGCUGGUUUGGCCAGAGCAUCCCCACUGCUUUCCCCACUCACCCAGCUCUCACUCCAUCCUUCCCCAGCCUCGUUCCUCCAUUUCUCUUCCCCUCUCUUCACCCUCCUCUUUGUCUCAGGUGUCCUUUCUAACCAAGUGACACCCAGCUCAGGCAGAGUUUGGGAAGUGGCUCCCAGUAGGCUUGAUGCCUGUGAGGGACUCAGAUACCAGCAGGGGAUUCUGCUUCAGCCACCACGAGCAGUGCUGGGGCUGUGGGGUGUGGGGUGGAAAAAGUCACUGCAGGGCCACAGUGGUCCCAGGAUAUGGAGGAAGCUGUGGCUGUGUGGUCAGGACACAGCUGAUGCUGACUCUAAGGAGGC